AUGACAAGGAUUUGUGCUUUGGUGCUCUCAGGGUCGGCUCAAGAGCAUUUCAUAGCUCAACCCACUGAUAUUGUCAUUUCCAGCCUUCCAAAAUCUGGCACGACCUGGCUUAAAGCUUUGUGUUUUGCCAUUCCAAGAAGGACCCAUCUCAGAGAUUCGUCCAUUAAUCGUUUACUCACGGAGCUCCCGCAUGAUAUUGUACCCUCUAUUGAAAAGAAUCAAGGUAUCAAAGGUCCCAACAAUCAUCCACUUUGGGGUACACACAUGCCCUACUCUUCAUUGCCCAAGUCUAUUGUGGAAUCCAACUGUAAAAUUAUUUAUAUCGCCAGGAAUCCCAAAGACGUUUUUAUUUCGUUAUGGCACUUUGCUGCUCGCGUAAGAGGUAGGAGCACAGAAGACUUUCCAUUAGAGGAGGCAUUUCGGAGUUUUUGUGAAGGAGUCUCUGUUUAUGGACCUUAUUGGGAUCAUGUAUUAGGAUAUUGGAAAGCAAGCCUGCAAUUUCCUGAUAGAAUACUAGUUAUUAAAUACGAAGAUCUAAUUGACAGCUUAUCCUGUAUAAAGACACUAGCAGAGUUCAUGGGUUGUCCUUUCACUAUGGAGGAAGAGAGACAAGGAUUGGUGCAAGAAGUCGUUGAUUUCUGCAUCUUUCAGAAGCUGAGCAAUAUGGAGGUGAAUAAGAGCAAAACAUAUUAUUUUUCAUGGCCGUUUAAAAUUGAACAUAAUGCAUUUUUCAGGAAAGGCAAGAUUGGCGAUUGGGAGAACUAUUUGACAGCUGAAAUGGUUGCCCAGUUGGAUGAAAUAAUAGAGAAGAAGUUUAGUGGUUCUGGAUUAAGCUUUGUAAGCUCCAUAACAUCUUCAACUCGUUGCUAGAUUGAUAGAAUUAAUGGCGAAUAGCUCUCUGUGUUUCAGAAUGUUAUAAUGGUUUCAAGUGUUGUUCUUAGUUUGAAUUAAGGAUUUGAUUGUUGAUCACUUCUGCUGAUAUGUUUGAUGGCUUGUACUUGUCCUGAUUUGCAAUAAAAAUUUAAUCUUCGGUCA